GAAUGGGUGCUUUUCUGCAAGACAGUCCCAAGUAAAAUACUCCAGCAUGGGCCCUACCCGGUGUCGUGAAUCGCGGCCAGAUGUUCAGUCUCCUAUUUCACACAACUGGAACUGCGUUCUAGUGUCUUCACAGGAGAUGUUUGUCCUGGUGCAGCUCUGUGCCGAUUUCUUUGAUACCUAAGCGGAGAAACCAGGCUGCUUUCAAAACUCCAUUUGUAUUUCUCAGUAGUAACGCUUCAAUUUAAAUGGACUACCGGGCGGGGCGGUGCCGGCGGUGCCCGGGGCCGGCAGGAAGAGCUCUCUCACAGGCGCCCCCUCAGCGCCGGCGGCCCCGAGCCCUCCGCGCCCAGACGAAAUGGCGGCGGCGGCGUUCGCUCGGCACCGCCCAGGGGCGGAGCUGGCCGCUUUGCGCGCCAAGCCGGGACAGACUCUCCCGUCUGGCAGCUCCUCACCGUCGAGCCAUGGCUGCCCCAGCUGUGCCCGGCUACUCGCCCGGCUUCAAGAAACCGCCAGCGAUGCUGCGGCUGAAGCGCAAACGAUUGCGGAGGAGCGAGACUGUUGCCUCCGCUUCCCCGCCCUGUGGCGCAGCCCCGCGGGCCCCCUCCAUGCCGGCCCGCCGAAACCCCUUCUCCAGCCUGGAAAACGCGCCGCGGGCGGCUGCCAACCCUAAGCAGCCGCAGCGGGCUCGGCUGCCUCCGCCACUGACAGAAGAGUCCCCUUCGGCAGUUCCUUUCUGGCAGCUUUUAGAGCCUGUUUGUGAAGAUAAACCCGUCCCAAGAUCAGAGCCCUCUGACAGAACUGAUGACUUCGCCCUGACCAAUGACUUUCAUUUACCUGUUGCUGUACCUGAAGUUCCCUCCUCACCAAGACAUGAAUUUCCUGCAGAUUGGAGUAUUAAAACACGACUUCUAUUUAUGUCUUCUCAACCUUUUACCUGGACAGAACAUUUGAAAGCACAAGAAGAAGCUCAAGGAUUUGCUCAGCAUUGUAGAACUACAGAAACAAACUUGCCACAGAGCAUAGAGGAACCAAAACUGUCAAUGGAACUGCGUUGUGCCUUCCAGCAAAGCCUCGUUUACUGGCUUCACCCUUCACUGCCAUGGCUGCAGAUGUUUCCCCGGAUUGGAGCAGAUAGAAAAAUUGCUGGAAAGGCCAAUCCUUGGUCACAGGAUGAAGCCCUGCAGCAAGUGCUAAUGAGCGAGUGGUCUGUCAGCUUUACUUCUCUGUACAAUCUGCUCAGAGCCAAGCUGUGUCCAUACUUCUAUGUGUGCACUUACCAGUUUACUGUUCUGUUCCGUGCGGCUGGUCUUGCAGGAAGUGACGUUAUCACAGCUGUCAUUUCUCCCACAACUAGAGGUUUAAGGGAAGCCAUGAGAAGUGAAGGCAUAGAGUUUUCUUUACCUUUGGUAGAAGAAAGAAGAACCAGGAAACAGAAGAACUCCAAUGUGAACUUGGAAACGGAAGCUGAUAACAGCCUUGAAGUGAGCAACAGCACAGAAGACGGAGAAGAGCCAGCUCCAAGUGAUGAUGAUGAUGACGCUGAGGCAAGCUUCUCUUGGCUUGAGGAGAUGGGAGUCCAAGACAAGGUUAAGAAACCAGAUGCUCUUUCUAUUAAGCUUCAUAAGGAGAAGCAUGAGGUGCAUGUGGAUCACAAACCGGAGUCCCUUGCAUUAGUGAAAGGAACAAACACCUUCACCUUGCUGAACUUCCUGAUAAACUGCAAGAGCCUUGUGGCUGCUGCAGGUCCACAGGCAGGGCUUCCACCAACUUUACUGUCCCCCGUUGCUUUCCGAGGAGGAACAAUGCAAACACUCAAAGCUCGAAGUAUAAAUGCCAAAGCCAGGGUCCAAUUGGCAUAUAAGGAUAUAUCCAGUUUGGAGAUCGUAGGCCCCGUCAUGCCUCAUGCCCUGCAUUCACUGACCAUGCUGCUCAGGUCUGCACAGAGGGGAGCCUUCUCUGCUGUCUUGUAUACACAUGAGCCAACUGCUGUGUUCAACACUAACCUUGACAAUGCAAGCUCCGCCUUAAAUAAGGAAAGUAUACACAAAGACCUUUCUGCAUGUGGACUGCAUCCUAAGACUUUGGAUCAACUGAGUCAGUGUCCAACACUGGGGAAAUAUUCCAUCCGAUUUCUGGAAAUGAAGGAUUAUGCUUAUACCUGGAAGUCUUAGGUACGCUAGUUCGAUUUAGUGGAAGAGAAUGCUCUCCAGUGUGCAGUUGCUGUGCUUGAUUUUGGUCUACAUGGGCAGCACCUACACAAUCCUGGGAGUGAUACAAUUGAACUGAACCUGCUGGACAAUUGUUUUAUAUUGGCUGAUGGGUACAAUUGGAAGGCCUUUUAAAGGAAAUGAAAGAAAAGCCUUCAGCAUCUCCUUUUGCAUUUCAGAAAGCCUGGGUUUUAAAAUAAAAUGUGCUAAAACAUG